UCUCUCUUCAUUUUUCUUACUGUGAUCAACCAUGCUUGCCCAAGUGAUGUCCGAGACAACCCUUCAGGGGAUUAAUGUCUUAGGAAGGGAAAACAGUGCUCCUCCUUCUCCUAAAAGAUUGGAGGGAAAGAUUGCCAUUGUCACCGGCGGCGCCAGAGGCAUCGGAGAAGCAACGGUACGGCUUUUUGCCAGACAUGGAGCUAAGGUUGUCAUUGCUGAUGUGGAGGACACUCUCGGAACUGCGCUUGCAGAUUCCUUAGCUCCUUCGGUGACUUAUUUUCACUGCGAUGUUAGCUUGGAAGAAGACAUGGAGAAUUUGAUUGAAUCCACCGUCUCACGCUACGGACAGCUCGACAUCCUUUUCAACAAUGCCGGGGUUCUCGGAAAUCAGUCCAAGGCGCACAAGAGCAUCGUUGACUUCGACAUCGAUGAAUUCGACCGUGUCAUGCGCAUCAAUGUCAGAGGCAUGGCGCUAGGAAUCAAGCUCGCGGCUCGCGUAAUGAUUCCGAGAGGAUGUGGGUGCAUCAUUUCUACGGCGAGUGUCGCAGGAGUCAUGGGAGGCCUUGGACCGCAUGCUUAUACAGCUUCGAAGCACGCCAUUGUCGGGCUCACAAAGAACACGGCUUGCGAACUCGGCCGAUAUGGGAUUAGGGUAAACUGCAUUUCUCCUUUCGGAGUGGCGACGCCCAUGCUAAUUAAUGCAUGGAGGAGUAGCGGGGAAGAAGAAGAAGAAGAUGAUCAAUGCAUGGAUUUUGGGAUGCCUAGAGAUGAAGAAGUUGAAAAAAUGGAGGAGUUUGUGAGAGGGCUUGCCAACUUGAAAGGUCCAACGCUAAGGGCUAAAGAUAUUGCUGAGGCUGCUCUUUACCUUGCUAGCGAUGAAUCCAAAUAUGUUAGUGGCCAUAAUCUUGUUGUGGAUGGUGGCAUUACCGCCUCAAGAAAUUGUGUAAACCUGUGAUAAACUCUUUGUACCGUAAAUUAAUUAAUUAAUUGAUGCCAGAUUGAGAAUCAAA